GCUACAUCCCAAACCCCGAGCUUCCUCGUAAAGCCCAGCCGUGUAAAGGGGACUCUCACUGCUAAGAUGGGUCCCUGUUCCGUAGGGCCUCUUGUGUUAAAAGGUAUGGCCUCAGAGGCUCAGGCAGUUUCUGAAGCUCAUUUGUCACCUACACGCCAAAAGGAACAACAGCCCUUUAAAAAAAAACGAAUCCUUCAUAGCCUAUUGCCCUUUGAAAAAGAAAUCCUUUAUAACCUGUCAAAAGGGGGUACCUUCCUCUAUUCACUCACACUGUCUUUACUGAGCAUGCUCUCUGGUGAUGUUUUGGUGGGUGAUGGGCUGCAUCAGUGAACGAAAGAAGCAGAGGUUCUCUGUUUGGAUGAUGUGAACAUUGACAGAGUAGAACAAGCAGUUUGAAAGGAUCCAGCCCAAAGGCUAAGGUGGUCACAGAAGGGAGAGUCAGCCAUCUGCAGCUAGGAGAUAUGCUUAAAGGAAAGACUCAGCAGCAAGGAGCUGGGGUGUGAUGGCCGGCUCCCACGUGGACAUGGCGCCAGCUUCCACCACCGAGGGAACUGGGGAAAAGCCAGGUCCCACUGCGCCAGCACCCACCCCGGCUGCUCAGUAUGAGUGUGGGGAAUGCGGCAAGUCCUUCAGGUGGUCAUCUCGGCUCCUGCACCAUCAGCGCACUCACACAGGUGAACGGCCCUAUAAAUGCCCGGACUGCCCCAAAGCCUUCAAGGGCUCCUCAGCCCUCCUCUACCACCAGCGGGGCCAUACAGGCGAGCGGCCCUAUCAGUGCCCAGACUGCCCCAAAGCCUUCAAGCGCUCCUCCUUGCUGCAGAUCCACCGCAGUGUGCACACUGGCCUGCGGGCCUUCACCUGCGGCCAGUGUGGUCUGGCCUUCAAGUGGUCAUCCCAUUACCAAUACCACUUGAGACAGCAUACGGGUGAGCGGCCCUACCCGUGCCCUGACUGCCCCAAGGCCUUCAAGAACUCCUCCAGCUUGCGGCGCCACCGGCAUGUGCACACAGGAGAACGCCCUUACACCUGUGGCAUUUGUGGGAAGAGCUUUACUCAGAGUACCAAUCUGCGGCAGCACCAGCGGGUGCACACGGGCGAGCGCCCCUUCCGUUGCCCACUCUGUCCCAAGACCUUCACACACUCCUCCAACCUGCUGCUGCACCACCGCACCCACGGCCCUGCCCCCGGCCCCGCUCCUGCCCCCGCGCCCCCAGGGGAGACCAGCAGAGCUGACACCAAGGUUCUGGUCUCUGAUGCCUACUUGCAGCCCCGUAGCCCACCUGAGCCUCCAGCCCCACCACCCCAGCCCCCACCCGUGGUGCCCGAGCUUUUUUUGGCUGCUGCUGAGACUACAGUGGAGCUAGUGUACCGCUGCGAUGGCUGCGAGCAGGGCUUCAGCAGCGAGGAGCUCCUCCUGGAGCACCAGCCAUGCCCGGGUCCCCCUGUAGCCACCCAGUCCCAGGAUGUGCCUGCCGAGCUGCCCCAGGCUGACUCUGCCCUGCCACAGCCCCCACCUGCCACUCCAGGCCCUCCUAACUUUGCUUGCCUUCCUUGUGGGAAGUCCUUCCGGACGGUGGCUGGCCUGUCCCGUCACCAGCACAGCCAUGGUGCGGCCAGUGGACAGGCCUUUCGCUGUGGCAGCUGUGAUGGUGCCUUUCCACAACUGGCCAGCCUCUUGGCUCACCAGCAGUGUCAUGUGGAGGAGGCGGCAGCUGGACGCCCACCUCCUCAGGCUGAGGUUGCGGAGGUCACCUGUCCCCAGGAGCCUGUAGCCCCAGCCACUCCUGCCCCACCCCCUCCUCCUCCACCUGCCCCUGUGGUUUCUGCAGAGCGGCCCUACAAAUGUGCCGAGUGUGGGAAGGCCUUCAAGGGUUCUUCGGGGCUGCGCUACCACCUUCGGGACCACACAGGUGAGCGGCCCUACCAGUGUGGGGAGUGCGGCAAAGCCUUCAAACGCUCCUCCCUGCUGGCCAUCCACCAGCGUGUGCACACAGGCCUGCGAGCCUUCACCUGCGGCCAGUGUGGCCUCACCUUCAAGUGGUCGUCCCACUAUCAGUACCAUCUGCGACUUCACUCGGGUGAGCGGCCCUAUGCCUGCACUGAGUGUGGCAAAGCCUUCCGUAACACUUCGUGCCUGCGGCGCCACCGGCACGUGCACACUGGUGAGCGGCCCCACUCAUGUAGUGUGUGUGGCAAGAGCUUCGCACAGACGUCCAACUUGCGGCAGCACCAGCGGGUGCACACGGGCGAGCGCCCCUUCCGUUGCCCGCUCUGCCCCAAGACCUUCACACACUCCUCCAACCUGCUGCUGCACCAGCGCACUCAUUCUGCCGAGCGCCCUUUUGCCUGCCCCAUUUGUGGCCGAGGCUUUGUUAUGGCUGCCUACCUGCAGCGGCAUCUGAGGACGCACACCCCAGCCACCACAACUUCGGGCACCACCGGCUCUGCUGUAGCAUCGCAGCCCCCUGCCCCAUUGGCUGCAGCUCCAACUCCACUGGCUGCUCAAGAUGUUCACGUACUCCCCAACCUACAGGCCACACUUUCACUUGAAGUAGCUGGGGCCACAGCUCAGGCUACGCCCCCAGGCCCAGCUGCCCCCAGUUCUCAAACAUUUCUCCUGGUACAGACUGCCCAGGGCCUCCAGCUGAUUCCAAGCAGUGUCCAACCCCCUACUCCUCCACCCCCGCCUCCACCCCCUAAACUCAUUCUGCUGCCUCCUGCCAGUGCUGGAGGUCCGGGCAAUGGUGCUGCAAGGCCAGGCCCUCGGUCUGUUGGGAAAGCUGGACAGGGGACAGGGGUAGUGUGGUUUCCAGGCCCAGGUGGUCUGGGGCUGCAAGGAGGGAGCAAUGCAGGGGCUAGCGGGGGAGGGCAGAGCCUCAUUGUUCUGCAGAAUGUAGGGAGUGGGGAGACAGGACCACAGGAAGUGAGUGGGGUCCAGCUUCAGCCAGCACAGGAAGUGGCCACGGUACAACUACAGCCUGCACAGGAAGUGACUACAGUCCAGCUACAGCCAGCACAGGAGGUGACUACGGUCCAGCUCCAGCCCCUGACAGGCCAAGUCUCCAAUUCUAAUGGAGGAGCUGUGACUACAGAAGCGCCAAACCUGCUGGUGGUUCAGAGUGGGGCAGCUGAAGAGUUGCUGAGCAGCCCUGGGCCUGGGGAAGUGGGAGACAGUGAGGCCAGCGCUGGUGUGGUCCAGGACGUCCUGUUUGAGACACUGCAGACAGAUGAGGGGCUGCAGAGUGUGCUGGUGCUGAGUGGGGCGGAUGGUGAGCAGACUAGGCUCUGUGUGCAGGAGGUGGAGACGCUUUCCCCCGCUCUGGCAGAGCCAGCUGCCACUGGCCCAUCAGGACAGAAACUCCUUAUCAUUCGCAGCGCCCCAGCUACUGAUCUGCUAGAAAAUAGCAGCGUUGCAGGAGGUACCACAACACUGCAACUCCUGGCCCCAUCAGCACCUGGCCCGGUCUCUGCCCCUGUGGGGGUGCCCGUAGCUCCCCCGUCCCAGAUGGUACAAGUGGUCCCCGCAGUGGCUGGACCAGGGGUCAUGGCCCCCCAGAACUUGCCCUCCAUCCAGAUUGUGCAGACUCUGCCUGCAGUCCAACUGGUACACACGUUUUGAAGAGACCCACUCCCCCCUCCCCGCAAUUAAGUGUUCUCCUCAGCUGGGCUGGGGUCAGCCCCAGAGUCAGGGGGGCUGCUGGCUGGACUUGCUAAUAAAGAC